AUGUCAGCUUAUGGUAGGUCUUUAUCCUGCAUUUUGCUCAAAUUUCACAUUUUGUUUUUAAAGGGAAAAUUCAAACGAAAUUUGAUGCCCCCGACUGUACAGAGGGACCUGGAAGUCCACGAAACCAAGGCCAAGCGGAGAGCUGGUGUAGGUUCUGCUCUUCCGAUGAGACUGACCAGCUGCAUCUUCCAGAGCCCGGUGACUCGAAUAUCUUCCCACCCUGGCAACGUGGUCAAGUGCAGUCAGAGAGAGCAGGGGCUACAGAAACCCCGGCAACUCUGUGAAUUCAGGAGGUUGCAGGGGCUCCAGGCCAGUGGCAGCGGAGGAGAACUUUUAAGUUCAUUUGAUUUUAUGCAUGCAUUAAAAAUAAUCGAAAUGGGAAAUCCCGGGGAAUCUGAGGGCCCAGCUGGUGCUGGGGGCCCACACCCUUUCCUGGAACCUGCUGGCCAGCCUCCAUGUGGGAGAGGAAUGAUUCCAGGAGGGGGUCUUCGUCACUCACCAUCUUUCCACAGUCAACCGGUAACUAGUGCAGACAUCCGCAGACAGAUGUGGAAAGUGAAGAAACUGAGGAAGAAGCUGGCUGAGGCCCUAAUGGCAGAUAGGCUGGCCAGGGAGGCCGAGGAGGAGGCCGAGGAGGAGGCCAAGGAGGAGGUCGAGGAAGAGGCCGAGGAAACCAGGAGCCCAGAGGGCCGGUCUGACCCCUAG